AUUGUUUUGUUUCGCGCAGAUUUAAAUUAUUUUUUUUAUGUGAAUUUUUCCCUGACAUCCAACCAUGAAAUCAUGAAUUUCAUUUCAAGAAUGUGAAUAACGAAAUUACAACCAUGGAAUUACCUUCUAGUCAUGCUUGUGGCAAAGAUGCUCUGACUGGUGUCAUAGGAUGGUUACUUCAAGGAAUACUAGCGUGCCUUGCUUUCACUUGCUUAAUUCUGAAACGGUUUUGCGAGCCCACAUUUGAAAGACGACCAUGGCGGAUCUGGUUCUAUGACACCUCAAAACAGGGCAUGGGGGCCCUUGUAAUGCACAUGUCUAAUAUUAUUCUUGCGAGUAGUUUUCAAGGAGACCCAUGCACAUGGUAUGUCAUCCAUUUUUUACUCGACUCCUCUCUUGGUUUGUUCCUAAUUUAUGUUGGCAUUCGUCUAUCUCAGUUUUAUGCAAAGGAGUUGAAGCUAGAGGUUUUAAAAUUUGGUGAAUAUGGUAAACCUCCGUCAAACACUAUCUGGCUAGCUCAAUGUGGUCUUUACAUAGGUUUACUCAUCAUCGUAAAGGCGAUUAUAACGCUGAUAAUUGGGAUGGAUUUUUGGAGUGAUGUCAGCCAUUUCAUUCUAUCCCCAAUCACCAAUCCUACAGCUGAGCUUACCAUUGUCAUGCUAGUCAUUCCAUUUUUCAUCAAUGCUCUUAUGUUCUGGAUCACAGACGACAUCCUCAUGCAUCAAAGUCGUCAUAACCCCGGUCUCUUUCAUCAUCUCAGAGUUCGGUACCGACAAAUUAGAAAUCGGGAAAGUGGAGAAACUGAAGUGUACUUAGAUGGCGAUGAUGAGCUUCUCACUGUAAAUGAGAUCGUUCCUGAUCGAUCAGCAAUACUCACAUAAUUGCUAUCUUCUUGUUAUUCUCUUACUAGGCAAUUACUUUUGUUUUUAUGCAUUAUUCGUUUUCGUGUAUUAUUGUGAAAAUGAUAUUUUAAGUUGUUAUUUCACUCUUGUUUAUUCCUACUAGAUGAAAGGCAGAACAGCAUUCUGUUGAAAAAAUUUGUUUUUAAAUUUAUAAACAAAUUAUAAACAGACAUCACAAUGGGAAUUGUUCAAGUUGUGCGCCUCUCUCUGUUGAAUGCCCAUAAGUUGCAAGUAUAGUGUGUAAUGUAGAUGCAUAAAACGGGUAAAAUGUAGUUGAAACAUCUGACAGUUAAUUGAUUGUUUAACUUAUGUCGCUCACAAUCUCAAUUUUUUUCCGAGGUAUGAAUCGAAAACCGAAGACUGUUAACAGGAAUAAGGGUAAUCAUAGUUAUCCAUCAAAGUGUUCCUCGGUUUACAAUCUGUUUCUGACAGUGCAGCAGAAAGUUGUUAACAAUAUUUGAAUGUUCAACGGAAAAACAAGUCAAUAUGAUCAUCCCCCUACCACGCGCAUCCGUCUAAAAAUUUCAUUUUCACCUUUCGAAAGAUCAGAACUAUUGGCAACAUUGUUCAAAAAAUUUGAUUUUCCGGGCAGCUUGUACUCAUUUCAAUCCUGCAAAGUCUCAUCAGCUUAUUUUGGAAAACAUGUUAAUGGAUCGCUGCGUUUUGAUCCUCAAAUGAAGUCGUCCUUGACCCUUGUUUCCUGUCCUCAUCUAUAAUAAUACUUGGUUUCCUGUUUACUGACUGUAUUAGACAUUAACGGUACUAUUUUAGAGCAGAAUGUAUGUAUCAACUAUUUGUUAUUAAUUUAGGCAUUAGGAGAAUAUGAUGGUGAAACUGCAGAAAUGUGCAUCUCGGUUUUCGGCGUUACAGACGCCAUAUCAUACUUUAAUUUCCAUGUAGAGAACUACUAAACGUCAUUUUUUUUAGAAACUUUGGUGAUUUUUAUGCCAUAUGUAAAGAAUAUUCCGUGGAAAUUUCAAGAAAAGAUGCUGGUUUGGUCUCUUUUUAAAAAAGUAAAAUACAAGUGAAGAUUUUGAAGCACCAUAACCAAAAUACGCAUAUUUGUAGUUUCAUCGUCGAAACGUAUCUCUUCCAUGACAAUACUGUUUCAUAUUUUGAAAUAUUAUUUUUUUACAUGAGCAUCACGUCAUUUUUUUAACUGAUCACUUAAAGAACAUCGAUUCCAAAUUGUCGUAUUAUUUAAUAGCUAGAUAGGAUUCAAAUUGUUCAGACUGUAUAUAUUAACCUAUUUUCCUAAAGAACCAAAGAUUAUCGUAUUGAACUUGAGUUUUUUCACUCGCAUCUUGAAUCCUUUUUUUUUUCAUAGACAUCUGUAUACUCAAAGACAUUAGAGAGACUUUACGUAAUGAAUUUUGAUAGUUCAUUGUUUUUGUAUAUAUUUUUGAAAUCUUUUCUUAUCGUGUCAACUUUUUCAAGGCAGACCAAAUUCCAUUUACGCAUUUAAAAUUUUGUUUUCCUUUAUUAGACUACUACAGAUUCGUAAGUGCCUUUGAAUUCACAUAAAAAUUAUGUUUCUUCAAUAUCUAAUUUAACUUGUACCCCUACAGAUUUGCGGCUGUGAUCCUUACUUACGAUACUGAGAAAUUUCAAUUGCCUCCUCUGAGGCUUUAUGAAUUUUGGGACCUGAUUUCAUCAAAUAUGAUAUUUUAUUCUAUCCUUUUCAUUGCAGAAAGUGGAAUCAUGGCAGCACAGUCAAUUACUCCCUGUAGUUGAAUCAAAACGAAAUUAAAAUUCAGUUAUCGAAUGGAAAUUCUCCAGGGUUAUCCCUUUAAUUUUUUCCCUCUUCCCAAUUAAACUUUCUCUCCAGAAUGCAGGCCAAACAAUCAACUGUAUGGAUCAAAGUAUUAAGUCAAUUUACUUCUUGGCUGUUGUAUGCUUCAGCAAGGCAUCCUCAGUUAUAGAGCUUGGAUACCUGUUUUACUGUAAACUUUACUGAUAAAUUGCAUCUUUUUUUUUUUUUUUUUUUUUUUUUUUUUUUUAAAUUAUACAGUGGACUGUAAUAUUGCUCAUCAAGUGCUUUUAAUUUUUUAUAUUGUUUUUCCUCCCCAGAUCGUUCAGUGAGCAUUUAUGAUGUCAUUGCCCCUAGAUAUCAAGAAUUUAUGUUUGUAAAUUGGAACAUUUCUUAUCACUCUCUAUCUCAAAAGUUCAUUGUCUUUAAUUCUAAGCCGCAUUUUGAUUCGUUACAUGAAAAGUUUGUUUGCAGAAAACACUUCUGAAGUUCCUAUUACGAUAGCAAUUUUGGAGCAGCUAUUAUCGAUUUUAUUGCUUUUUUUAAAAAUCUUAAUUGAAGAUAUCAACGAAAUUCAGUGUUCUCUGUUUUGGUUUUUCUACCUGUGCCCAUCAAAUUGUACAAGUCACUAUUCACACACGCAUUCUUUGAAAUGCAAAUUUUCGUUGUAUAAAAGUUCUAACGUUGCUCAAGGUAAUGAAGAGAAAAAUGCAGUUAAAAAAAUAUGAAAAGUAAUUGAAAGAUAGUCAAUUGAUUACACUUAUUGUUUCCUUUGGGUUGAAAAGAAAAUUCUCUUUUGGAGUUGUCUAUUCAUCUGAUCAUUAGAGGAUCAUCUGUACAGUUUUGCCAGAAGAAUGGCCAAGAUGCAAUUUUAAAGAUGAAAUUAGUAAAGAAGUUAAUAGAAUACGAAGAUUGUUCUGUAAAAAAGUUAUUGCUUUUUUUUAAAAAAAACAUCAGCUGAGUUUGGAGAAUAGGAAAAAGCCUUAUCUCUACAGUUCAGUGGCACUUUCCCAAUGGUAACCAAAUAGAUAAUGAUGUAAUUAACAGCACUCUCAUGACACUAGUGAUAAGAUAUUUCUCUGUAAUGUCGUUUUGGCUUCCGAAUAAUUUUCAAAAUCGAAAAUGUGUCAUUUACAUUAGAAUUAUUGCAUAGACCUGUAAUGUAAAUCAUAAUGUGAUAUAUUUAUGCAUCAUUAUUCUUGAAAUUUUAAGUUAGCUUCCCUAUUCUUGAGGAGCGAUGGCUUGUUUCUGCCUUCGGCCUUUAAAAGGAAAAUAGAAUACGGUGCUUUUAAUUUCAAAAUCUCACUGUGAUUGUUUAUUCAUAGUGAACUGCUGGAACCAGUCAUUCACAGAAUAUUAAGAAAUAUAUUAUAUUUUGAAUUAUCA